AGUAAACCGAAGGUUAAGGAACACUUUUAUCUCUGUGGAUCAUGAGUGGAUGCCCAUAUCUGGAGAAGAGGCACCUGUUGUUUAAAAGCAAGCCUCCCAAUAAGGAUGAAGAAGAUGAUUCUUCUCAGGCUGGUAUCAACAACGCCAGCAAAGGAGGGAUCAUCUACGGAGAUUACCUGCAGUUGGACAAGGUGGUGACCGCUCAGGUUCUUCAGAGUGAACUGAAAGGCAACAAGAUUCAUGAUGAACAUCUUUUCAUUGUCACUCAUCAAGCAUAUGAACUCUGGUUCAAACAGAUUCUUUGGGAGCUUGAUUCAGUACGAGAAAUUUUCAUCAGUGGACAUGUCCGUGAUGAACGUAACAUGCUGAAGGUCAACACUCGUAUACACAGGAUCGUUAUGAUCUUCAGACUAUUGGUCGACCAGUUCUCAGUCUUAGAGACAAUGACAGCCUUGGAUUUCUUUGACUUUAGGGAGUACCUGACCCCAGCUUCAGGAUUUCAGAGUCUACAAUUCCGUCUGUUGGAGAACAAGAUUGGGGUCCCAGACAACCUGAGGGUUCCGUACAACAGGCGCCAUUACAGGGACAUCUUCAAAGGCCGUGAAAGCGAGAUGUUGCUGUGCUCUGAGAAGGAGCCUACGCUGCUCAAACUAGUGGAGCAAUGGCUUGAGAGGACCCCAGGUCUAGAAGAGGAUGGCUUUAACUUUUGGGGGAAGUUGGAAAUCAACAUUUUCGAUGGACUGCGGUUGGAAAAAGAGAAAAUUGAGAAAGUACAAGAUUUAGAGGACAAGGAGGAGAUGAUGGAGGAACUAACCAAGAAGAAGGAACUUUUCACUUCUCUGUUUGAUGAGAAGAUACAUGAGCACUUGAUGAGCAAAGGUGACAGGCGCCUGUCUUACAGGGCUCUUCAGGGAGCUCUGAUGAUCUACUUUUACAGAGAGGAACCCAGGUUCCAAGUGCCUUUCCAGCUCCUCACCUCCCUGAUGGACAUUGACAUGCUCAUGACAAAAUGGAGAUAUAACCACGUGUGCAUGGUGCACCGGAUGAUUGGCAGCAAGGCAGGGACAGGAGGAUCGUCUGGUUACCACUACCUGCGCUCCACAGUCAGCGAUCGCUACAAGGUGUUUGUGGACCUGUUCAACCUAGCCACGUUCCUGGUGCCGCGUCACUGGGUGCCCAGGCUGAACCCCAACGUCCACACCUUCUUGUACACGGCCGAGUACUGCGACAGCUCCUACUGCAGCAGUGAAGACUCAGACUAGGGAGCAUCUCAGUGGUCCGAUGUAGCUUCUUCUCCGUCCUCUAUCUGAGAAUGCAGCACAAGGGGAAAGCAGUGAGGGAGGGAGGGGGGGAAGGGGGG